ACAGAAUGGAUCCCAGCUCCCCUAAGAAAUACCACAUGCAUGAGUUUAAUCCCCUUGCACUACUGGAUGCAUACUUCUCUCCUAAAGCUGAUGCGCAUCUUUUUCAAGAAUCCACUACAAAUAUCAUGCAGGUUCUCCAUAAAGCAUUUACUUCAGGUUAUGUAACAGGAAAAACCCUAAUUGACAUUAGUCCUGGGCCAAUCAUAUUCCAGCUUCUUGCAAUCUGUGAAUUCUUGGAAGAAAUUACAGUUCUAGAAUUCCACGACUUUUGCAUCAAGGAACUGGAAAAAUGGAUGAAUAAAGAAGCAGAGGCCUUUGACUGGACCCAUGCCUUAACAUUCAUGACAGGGUUGAAGGGAAGCAGUGAUGGAUGGGAUGAAAGAGAAGACAUGAUGAGAAGAAAAUUAAAACGUAUUGUGAAAUGUGACUUCAGUAAAGAUAACCCUACAGAUCCCUUAGUGCUGCCAAAGGUAGACUGCGUGAUGAGCUUGUGGGUGCUGGACAUCAUUAGUAAGGACCACGAUACUUACUGCACAAACCUGAAAAAAAUCUCCUCUUUAAUUAAAUUAGGAGGCUAUCUCUUACUCUGCGGAGAUAUCAAUGCUUCUUAUGUCACAAUUGGGGAGCACAAAUAUCAUUUCUUAACCUAUGAUGACAAGUUUUUAAGAAAGGCUCUAAGUGAUGAAGGGUAUAGUAUUGAACAUUAUGAGGAACUGGAGAGAAAAACUACCUCUGAUCUUGUGGACCAUGACAAAGUUGUUUUUGUCAUUGCUCGCAAAGUAAAAGAGGUCUAG